CGCCGCAGCCCGGCCGGCCAACCCGGCCCCGGAAGUGAGCUGUCCGUGGCGCCGCUGGUAGCUGCCACGUCCGAGGGUAGGGUCUGCCGCUGCCGCAACCAUGGUAUCAGUAAUUAACACUGUGGACACCUCCCAUGAGGACAUGAUUCACGAUGCCCAGAUGGACUACUAUGGCACCCGCCUGGCAACCUGCUCCUCAGACCGGUCCGUCAAAAUCUUCGAUGUUCGCAACGGAGGGCAGUUCCUCAUCGCAGACCUCAGGGGUCAUGAGGGACCUGUGUGGCAAGUGGCCUGGGCCCACCCCAUGUAUGGCAAUAUCCUGGCAUCCUGCUCCUAUGACCGGAAAGUCAUUAUCUGGAAAGAGGAAAACGGCACCUGGGAGAAGACGCACGAGCACACAGGACAUGACUCCUCGGUAAACUCUGUAUGCUGGGCACCCCAUGACUACGGCCUAAUCCUGGCCUGUGGAAGCUCUGAUGGGGCCAUCUCCUUGCUGACAUACACCGGGGAGGGCCAGUGGGACGUGAAGAAGAUCAACAAUGCUCACACUAUUGGCUGCAAUGCUGUCAGCUGGGCCCCUGCUGUUGUACCUGGAAGCCUCAUAGACCAGCCAUCAGGGCAGAAGCCCAACUACAUCAAGAAGUUUGCCUCUGGCGGCUGUGACAACCUCAUCAAGCUGUGGAAGGAAGAAGAGGAUGGCCAGUGGAAGGAGGAGCAGAAGUUGGAAGCACACAGUGACUGGGUUCGAGAUGUGGCCUGGGCCCCUUCCAUUGGUCUACCCACCAGCACCAUCGCCAGCUGCUCCCAGGAUGGUCGUGUGUUCAUUUGGACCUGUGAUGAUGCCUCAAACAAUACAUGGUCUCCCAAACUACUGCACAAGUUCAAUGAUGUUGUGUGGCACGUGAGCUGGUCCAUCACAGCCAACAUCCUGGCCGUCUCGGGUGGAGAUAAUAAGGUGACCCUGUGGAAGGAGUCAGUCGACGGGCAGUGGGUGUGCAUCAGUGACGUCAACAAGGGCCAGGGUUCCGUAUCGGCUUCGGUCACAGAGGGCCAGCAGAACGAGCAGUGACAAGACGAGCAGUGACAAGACGAGCACCGCCCAGCUCCUCACGUGCCAGUUCCUGGACCGCCCCUCCCUGGACCAAGUGGCCAGAGAGCUGGGAGGAAGAGGUCCAAACUCCAACAAGGUUACUGUCCCAGGAAUGGUUAAACCUGCAACCAGACUGGUCGUCUGCCUUAACGUGAUUUGAUAUGGUUUGUAAUUUACUGUCUGGCUGAAAGCACUCAUGUUAUAAGAGGAAAACUAUUAUUUUAAAAUACUUUUUGGCCAUUUGUAUGUACCUUUUGGGUUCAGGCAUUACUUGGGAGGUUUUGUUUCCAAAGUAAUUAAACAUGUUGCUUAUAAUUCUCCCUA